AUGAAGUUCACUCCACUUGUGGCCGCCGGCCUUGUAGCCUUCGCCACUGCCCAGCCAGCUCGGGAUGCUCAAGCCGCGCGUACUCCAGACACGGGAUUUACCGUAUUUGUGGACGAAGGUUGCGCGGGCUUUCGGGGAAACCCCAAGUGCAAGGAGUAUGCUGAGAAAUGCUACGAGGACUCAAAGAAUCUUGCGACCAAGCAGCAGGUUAUCGACUGCACCCAGGCAAAACUAAAAGCGGAUGCUCUGGGCCCGGGUGGUGCACCAAGCAAGGAGCAGUUUUGCGCGGGCUAUAUGAAAGACCCGAAAUGCCAGGAAUAUGCCAAGGCAUGCGAGCGAGAAGAAUUUGCAAAGCUCCGCAAGGCAGCCGAAUCCGACAGCAGAGACUGGAACGGUGACGCCGAACCAGCUAGACAGCUCCCGACCGGGCAACAGCUUAUUUACUGCACCCAGGAGAAACUAGUCGGGCCAAGUCUACUAGACAAACUUUGCGUGCGCUUUGGAUGGGAAAACCGACAAGGCUGCAUUGCCAAGAUCACUGAUUGCAACACCAAGGGCGAGGUUUUGGCCGAUUGCAUGUUGCCCUACGACGAGUACGGUAUCUAA